AUGAACAUUCUAGGGAAUAUAUCUAAUAUGACUUCUAUGCUGAAUCAAUCUUUCUCAAAUGGAGUUCUGAAUCACGGGCUCACGGGUCAAGGAAGUAGCCAACGUGGAGGGAUUGAAAGUAGAGCUGAAGCAGGCCAAUUUUCUAGUGUUGGCAAUGGAUCGAGCUUCACUACUUCUCCAUCCUCAUAUGUACAAGCGAAUAUGGCGAAUGCCGGUUCCUCUGGUCAAGUUCAGGGUCAACCAUUUUCCAACCCUUCUAACAACCAACAAACAAACAGUUACGCUCUAUACUUUUCAGUUUGA